UGCGUGAGAGCGUUUAAAAGAAGAUUCGCGCGCGUAUGGCGCGUCGUGUCACACUUUCGUCAGUAUAAUGCUACACUCUUUCCGCGAGAAUGAGGGUGGCACGGCUAUUACUGUGCUGCGUACUUCUCGAAGACUACAGCACCAAUCUCGGCGGAACGGCAAUUACCAGUGACGCCAUGCGCCAGGACGGCUCCUCGUCCGCGACGAAUCCGACGCUAUCAGAUGUGCCGAGUUUCUCCGAGCCGAUUGGCAACGUGACCGCCGCCAUCGGCAAAGAAGUCGCUCUCUCUUGCACCAUCAAGAAAGUGGGAAAUUACAAGGUGGGAUGGCUGCGCGCCGAGGAUCAGACGAUAUUGUCGAUGGGCGAGCGCCGGGUUACCCAUUCGCCCCGAUUCUUCGUCACCCUGGAGAACGCCAAGACGAAGAAUCAGACACAGUCACGGGAGGAGGAGGAAGCCACCUGGCAGCUGCACAUUCGGUCACUGAAGGAGGCCGACCGUGGCUGUUAUAUGUGCCAACUCAACACGAAGCCGAUGUUGAACCAGCUGGGAUGCGUGGACGUCCUAGUGCCACCCGACAUUUUGAGCACCGGCACAUCGGACGGCGAAGUCUCCGUUUUAGAGGGUGAGAACGCUACGUUGUCAUGCAAGGCGUCCGGACGACCACCACCUCGCGUGUUCUGGCGACGCGAGAAAAGUGAAUUCAUACUCAUGAGAGGAAUUCACGACCCGCUGAUGCCAAUGGACAGCCUGUCCGGCGAGAGGCUAGAAUUAAUCAGGGUAGACAGGAGGCAAAUGGGGGCUUAUCUUUGCAUAGCGAGAAACGAAGUGCCUCCGGCGGUCAGCAAGAGGGUUAAUCUCAAAGUAAAUUUCCCACCCAGCGCGAAGGCACCGAAUCAGUUGCUCAGCUCGCCGCUGGACACGAACGUGUCGUUAGUGUGCUUGAUCGAAGCUUAUCCAAAGACGAUUAACUUGUGGAUGCGAAAGGAGAAAGUGAUCAUGAACGGAGGUAGAUACGAGAUCGAUGAGCGGGGCGAUCCCGAGGAGGAAUGGAAGACAACGAUCGUGUUGAAGAUAAGGCGCUUGGAGAAAAUGGAUCUGGGCGAAUACACGUGCUCGGCCUCCUCAAGCAUGGGAAAAGCCGAGGCGAACCUCAGAGUUUAUGAGAUCGAGCGGCCGACCGAAUCCAGCCGCGUCACCCCGACCAACUCGAAGCGACUGAACCGAGGAAAGUCAAAGUCCGGGCAAGGGGCGAUGGUCAAUCGGGUUUUCCACCAGCAAGUGAGCACGCCGGCGAUGCAGAAGAGCACCGCGCGAUUGAUCUACAACAACAGAUACGCGACUACGUCGACGACCGCGGACCCGCGCGCGCCCUUAAUUAAGGACCACGGUAACGUUUUCAAGCACAACGGCAACAACGACAAACAGAAUCUCAAGGAUCGUAGUGACGCGCCCGCGCUCGUUACUGGCAGCAAGCAGAUCGUCUUGCCGCUCUGCUUGAUAUUAUUCUCCACGGUGCGAUAAAAGUGAACGACGACGAUGACAAUGACAACGCCGACGCCGACGACUUUCCGUCGUGAGAAUUAUUCCGCGAGUCAGCGUGGGACCCGUGUUCAUCGAUCCGAGGGGACGAUCGAGAUGAGCAAGAGGAAAGUCACGAAGAGUUUUCUCGUAACGCGAGGAAUGAUUUUCGAACGGCGGCGACGACGACGAGGACGGAGACGAGGACGACGUGGGGGAGAAGGGUUGAUGAAAGAACCAGCUGAUGCUCGGUUUAAUUAGCUAGAUUGAUGUUCUUAGGAAAGCGAGGUGACGAGAAAUCGUAAGGACCCGCGAGAGACCGCGGACGGACAGAUGAACAAAGAAGGGUGAAGUUCGAUUCACUAAUGCGCGCGAAUGCCGCCCGAGAUAACCGUCGCGGAUUUUUACGGAAAGACGCUUACGAAUGUAUUUUUUAUGACCCUUUUAUCCGUUGCUAAUGUGCGGGAGUUGUUCGGGAAGGAAAAGUGCGGAAUGUGCUUUUAGGUUGGACUGGACAUAAUGUUAUCCGGGUAUAUCUUUAAGAGAGGACGCGAGAGACCAGGUGGUUUUCAUUAUUCUCAUUCGAGAGGGGAGAAGGGGCGAUUACUUCUCUCACACUCUCUGUUUCUUUUUCGUGGGAUUAAUAGGUGACUCGGGGUGAUUUUAUAACAUUAGCAUCUCUCAAAAGCCUUAUAUACAUGCAGGGUGUCCAUCUCGAAUGAACCGUCGCCGUCAUUGACGAGACGGAGGAACCGCGUGUGUACGCGUAUGCUUUACAACUGGUUGAUGACCGCUUUUCAACGAUCGCGAACACCCCGCGAUCUUUCCGUCGCGGUCCCGUCAUGUCCCACAAUGACGGCUGUGAUUCCUAUUAAAACGAGCAUCCGUUACGUUGCCACGUUUGUAAUACGUCUUCUCGUCGAUGAAUCAUCACGCGACCCUUUCGAGCAAUUGCGCGAUCGUACCCAAACGCAGACAAAUAAUUAGCAUACUAAUUUGUAUGUAAGAAAAGAUAAGAUGAUAAUAUGUUCGUUUCCGAGUCGAAAUUCUUCCGUUCUCAUUAACUCGGUAAAUUCUGUCAAACUUGAAGGACCAAUGGAGAAUCUCGAGACAUAACGAUAUGCAAGCUAUUGUCUUUGAUAAUAUAAAUACUGACUUUCUACUGUUU